AUGGUCGGUUAUUCCGGUCGGUUAUUCCGGUUAACCGGUUGGUCGGCAUUUUCGGCCGGUCUUGGUCGACCGAUUAAAGAGAGCCUACAAACCGCUGUGAGCUCUAUUCACAUCUCCUCCGAUCUCUGGUCUUCGCCUAACCGCUAUUCUCUUCUGGGCAUUACUGCACAUAUCUCGAAAGGCUACUUUAUGCUAAGGGCAUUUCCUUUAAUGCAGAGCAACGGCGUGUUCGCUGUAUAG